AUGGGAUCAGGAAAACCAAGUGGAUUAAGAGCAGCAAGGAAAUUAAGAAUCAGAAGAAGAACCCAAAGAUGGGCUGAUAAAAGUUACAAAAAAUCUCACCUUGGUACUCGUUGGAAGUCCAACCCUUUCAGAGGAAGUUCUCAUGCCAAGGGAAUUGUUGUUGAAAAAGUUGCUAUAGAAGCAAAACAGCCCAACUCUGCUUACCGUAAAUGUGUUAGAGUUCAAUUAAUUAAAAAUGGAAAAAAAAUUACAGCAUUCGUACCAGGAGACGGUUGUUUAAAUUUCAUCGACGAAAAUGACGAAGUUUUAGUCUCAGGAUUUGGUAGAAGUGGUCACUCAGUUGGUGAUUUACCUGGUGUUAAAUUUAAAGUAGUAAAAGUCGCAAGGGUUUCUUUAUUAGCCUUAUUUAAAGAAAAAAAAGAGAAACCAAGAUCAUAA